CCACUCUCCCCACCCUUAAGGGCUCAAAGCAAAGGGUGCAGUACCCCCAGCCAUAUCCAUCCCAUUCGGAUCGGCAAUGGCUUCCCCGCCCGACACGAGCAAGACGGCGUACAAGCUCGAGCGCUACAACAGCUACAUCCGCCGUGUCAACAGCACGAAGCUCCUAAACGCCUCGUCGAAGCUCCUCUUCCGUGCCACCCUCCUCGUCGCCCUCGUCCUCGUCUUCUUCUUCACUCUCAACUACCCGCCCCUCUCCUCCUCCCCCGACGGCCGCCCUCCCCGCCACUCCUUCCUGUCCUACUCGGCCUUCUCCUCCCCCGCCGGGUCGGCCGCUGUGGGCGGCGCCGCUUGGGAGAAGCAAGUGAGGCACUCCUCCACGCCCCGCCGUCCGAAUGGGUUCUCCAUCCUCGUGACGGGGGCUGCCGGGUUCGUCGGGGCUCACUGCUCGCUCGCACUCAAGAAGCGCGGGGACGGAGUGCUCGGCCUCGACAACUUCAACAACUACUAUGACCCGUCCCUCAAGCGCUCUCGGCAAGCUCUCCUCGCCAAGCACCAGAUCUUCAUCAUCGAGGGCGAUCUGAAUGACGGGCUGCUGCUUACCAAGCUCUUGGACGUCGUACCAUUCACGCACGUGCUCCACCUAGCAGCACAGGCAGGGGUUAGGUAUGCUAUGCAGAACCCUCAGUCCUAUGUCUCAUCCAACAUCGCUGGAUUCGUGAACCUGCUUGAGGUAGCCAAGAAAGCCAACCCUCAGCCAUCGAUCGUAUGGGCAUCCUCGAGCUCCGUCUAUGGCCUUAACACGGAGAACCCCUUCUCUGAGUCCCACUGCACCGACCAGCCGGCUAGCCUCUAUGCUGCUACCAAGAAGGCAGGGGAGGAGAUCGCCCACACGUAUAACCACAUUUACGGUCUUUCCCUAACCGGCCUGAGGUUCUUCACCGUUUAUGGACCGUGGGGCCGUCCGGACAUGGCCUACUUCUUCUUCACUAAGGACAUUCUGCAGGGGAAGCAGAUCGAUGUGUACCAGACCCAGGAUGAGAAGGAGGUGGCACGCGACUUCACCUACAUCGACGACGUUGUAAAGGGCUGCUUGGGGGCUUUGGACACCGCGGAGAAGAGCACUGGAAGUGGCGGAAAGAAGCGAGGCCAGGCUCAGCUCCGAGUUUAUAACCUGGGAAACACAUCCCCGGUGCCGGUGGGGCGACUCGUCUCGAUCCUGGAGGGCCUUCUCAACACGAAGGCUAAGAAGCACGUGAUCAAGAUGCCCAGGAAUGGGGAUGUGCCCUUCACGCACGCGAACGUCAGCCUGGCCUAUCGCGACUUCGGAUACAAGCCCACCACCGAUCUCGCCACAGGAUUGAGGAAGUUUGUCAAGUGGUACGUCAAUUACUACGGUAUCCAAUCGAAGGUAAAGAAGGACAUAGACUCCACCACGAGCAACAACGAGUCCAACUGAUGAACAACCCCGAGCGCCGGAUCACAGUCCUGCUUGAACGGGGUGAGCUUCAUUAAUUAAUAAUCCCCACAAUCUCAACCACUCUGCAUUCGAUUCAACACGUGCUCGCCUCGUCCAGGCAGGUGCGACUCCGGUUCAUCAUCUCCAGCGUAACGGUGGAUAUGAUCCAAGCGAAAUUUAACCGUGGUAAUUCGAUAUACUCGCCAUAGUCCGGCCGGCGAUGUGCCGGGUUAUUUAUUCCGUAGCAUAUAUAUUUGCUUAAAGAUUUUGUUUCAAGAAAUAGGAGGAGACAAAACGGACAAAUGUACAUGAACAUUAAAUUAAAUUAAGAAGCACAUCAAGUGUAGAUCUGGUGGGAAGUGUAAUAAUGUCGGUGGAGGGUCUGCCCCAAUCCAACAAAAAAGAGAAGGGGUCGAGCAGAUCAGCCGUCUGAUUCUAUUGCAGUAAAAAAGAGAAGAACUUGUGUUGUUUUGAUGAACAGUUCUUUGUCGACUGCAAGAUUCUUCUACAGCUUUUUGUUUUUGUUUUCUCCAAUUAUUAAUUAUAUAUUUAAUUCGUUUAUACA